CUGACGACCAACUGCUUCUUGUUUAUUCUUCUAUUUUUUUUUUCGUUGUUGUUUCUCACUUGUGCUCCUCAUGUGUAUUUGAGCUUUUGUGCAAAUUUUUGGGUGAUUUAGACGAGCAGUGUCUGGUGUGACCGAGUGAACUGCGGUGCAGAGUCAGCCGCACUUUUGAAUCGAGAUCGGGAUUAGUACUGGGAUGGAUUUUCGUGCUUACCAAGUGAGGCACGUGCCGUGGUGCUGUUGCUUUGGAUGCAAGACAUCUCGUGUGUUUUGGUGUCAAGAGAAAGAGACACAGAUCUGUAAAUGAAUUGACAAAUGGAUAAACAUUCAGUGUGUACGUAACAGUUGAGGUGCCGGUCAGCUGUACCUACAUUAUAUCAUACAUAUAUAUUAUGUCGUCCACGUGCACUUCAUGACUGACACGCGCUUUACCACAUAGCUCGCAGGUGACGUUGCGUCAUGCCAUCAUGGAGCCGGCAGCCGCGCAAAGUGACAAGGAAGAGCCGGUAACGAAGAGUCCCGACGCCGUGGCCCCCGACGAGCUACCCACCAUUCUCGUGGUCGCCGCGACGUCGUCACCCCCACCGCCAGCCCACAAGCACGAGCCCAUCGUACCCAAUGGCAACCACCAGCCCCAGGUGGCAAGCGACGCCCAACAAAAUGAACACGGCGUCGCACAGCCCAUCGUGGCGCCCAGGACGGUCGCUCAGGCCGCAGCCAAGACCAACGGACACAAGAGGAAGAUGAGCACCAUGGUAGAGGAGGACAGCUCCGACGACCUCGACAACAACUGCCCAAACAGAAAAUCCAUUCCUAGCGCCCGCAGCCUCGCCAGCAGUCACGCUGACAAUGACUCGGACUCGACCACGACGACGACCACGUACGAGGAGCGGGGCCGCCUACUGAGCGCAGCCUCGGCAGUGUCCUCCUCGCCCCCGGGCUAUGGUCACUCGUCGUCCACCUCCACCACCCGUGUCCAUGAAGCCACCCCCAUCAGCCACCACCACCAUCAACAUCAGCCAGUGCAGCUGGUGCAGUCGAGCCGCGGUCGCCGUAACAGUCCACUGGUGAAACGUUCAAGGAGCAGCCUCAACGACAGCGUGGACAGCUUCCACGAGAAAUCGCCCCUGACUCGCCGGCCCCGGGACCAGCUGCACCAGACGCACGCCCGUCGGCUCCCCGCGGCCAACGACUGCGGCUGUCCGUUGCAACAGCUACCGGCGUCGAGGCACUGCAGUCGGCACCCCAGCAUGCGCUCGCUCAAGUCCAGCUCGACCAGCGACGAGCACAACUACUGCGCCAACCCGCAGCACCAGCACCAGGCACAGCAGCUCUACCCGGCGAGCGCGUGCAACAACAGCUGGGGCUCGAUUCUCUUCCCAGACAACGUCCACGGCAUGAUGUCGCAAGCCGGCCGGGCUUACCCCCCGGAUUCGGUCUCGAUACGCUCCCUCGCCUCGAUCGGCAUGGGCUCGUCCGAUGGCAGGAAACUCACCAUACGCAGGGUGCCGACCUCACCCUCCGAGCUUCUCAACAUGGUACAUCCGCCCACGCCCGUCGAGGACGACCUGUCGACGUGCACGAGCUUCGACGACCCCGACGCCGAGGACCCGGAGGAUUACCGCCAGCCGCGGCGACCCCACUGGGAGAACAAGGCGCAGUUCGUCCUCGCCUGCGUUAGUUAUUCCGUUGGUCUUGGCAAUGUUUGGAGGUUUCCUUAUCUGUGCUACAAGAGCGGCGGAGGUGUAUUCCUGAUACCGUAUUUUUUAAUACUCAUCGUGUGCGGCGUGCCGCUUUUGUACAUGGAACUCAGCAUCGGGCAGUUCACGCGUCGGGGACCGAUCGGCGCGCUCGGGCAGAUGUGCCCUCUGUUCAAAGGAGCCGGUCUGUCGUCGGUGGUCAUAUCGUUCCUCAUGUCGACCUACCACAACGUGAUAAUCGCCUACGCGAUAUACUACUUUUUCGCGGGUUGCCGGCCCAUACAGCCGUGGUCGAGGUGUCGGAACAAGUGGAACUCGCCCGACUGCUGGAUACCCGAGCCGUCGAUCAACAACAAUACCCGACCGAAGCACCCCAAGAUACCUGCGGCCGAGUUUUUCGACAACAAAGUGCUGCAGAUAAGCUCCGGGAUCGAGGAGCCGGGCAUGCUGAGGUGGGAGCUGGCCGCCUGUCUGAUAACCGCCUGGGUAAUUGUUUACUUCUCUAUAUGGAAGUCGAUAAAGUCGUCGGCGCGCGUCAGAUACAUCACGGCGACACUCCCAUUCCUAUUAAUAUUUAUAUUUCUCACCCGGUCCCUCACCCUCGAAGGAGCUGACAAGGGCCUACAGUUCUUCUUUCGGCCUGAUUGGGAGCUCCUCAAAGACGCCAAGGUCUGGGUAAACGCGGCCGCGCAGAUCUUCAACUCGAUCGGCAUCGCAUUUGGCUCGAUGAUAUGUUUCGCGAGUUACAACAAGUUUCACAACCACGUGCUGAGCGACGCGAUCGCCGUGUCGAUGAUCAACGCCUGUAGUUGUCUGCUGGUCGGGGUCUUUGCCUUUGCCACGAUCGGCAACAUAGCCGUCGAGCAAAACAUGACGGUCCCCGAGGUCCUAAGCGACGGACCCGGCCUGGUAUUCGUCGUUUACCCCCAGGCGCUGGCGAAAAUGCCGUGGUCCCAGUUGUGGUCGACCCUCUUCUUCUUUAUGCUGGUCUGCCUGUCGCUCAACAGUCAGUUUGCCAUUGUCGAAGUGGUUGUGACAUCCAUACAGGAUGGGUUUCCCAAGUGGGUGAAGAAGCAUCUCGUAUGCCACGAAGUUUUGGUCCUUCUGGUUUGCUUCGUUUCGUUUCUCUUCGGACUGCCCAACAUAACACAGGGAGGAAUUUACUUCUUCCAGCUGGUCGACCAUUACGCGGCCUCGAUAUCCAUAAUGUUCCUGGCGUUCUUCGAAGUAAUCGCCAUCUCGUGGUUCUACGGCGUCGGGCGGCUCAGCAGCAACGUCAAGGAGAUGACGGGCCGCGCGCCUUCCGUGUAUUUUCGCUUCUGUUGGUUGAUCGCCGCGCCCCUUCUGAUAAUGUCGGUGUGGGUCUUCAGCUUGAUAGACUACGAGCCUCCGCAUUACACUCACGCCGACGGCAAGUACAAGUACCCCUGGUGGGCGGAGGCCCUCGGCUGGGGCAUAGCCUCGCUUUCGCUCGUUUGCAUUCCUGCCUUUGCCGUUUACGUCUUCUUCCGGGCUGAGGGCACCACCUUCUACGAGAAACUGUACAACUCCAUAAAGCCGAGCUUCGAAGCUUGCGAGGUCUGUGGACAGGAGUACUGCGCCGAGCCCACGCACAGCACCGAGGACGAGCUGCUCAAGGAGCCGCUCCACGAGAUGAACAACGUCAUUCAGGUGGUGCCGAGCUACCAGCCAGUGAAGACCCAGUCCUGAAAGGGCGGGCCGUCGACCGGAUUGUCGUUUCCGUCUCGCCAUCGGAACAUCAAAGUCCCACCAGGAGUCGAGCCGUGUAUUAUACACAAAUCCUGCGUCUAGGAGUCCUUGGGCCACCACACACAUUCAAGAACAUUGCAGAGAGAGACAGAGAAAAAGCCACGACGAGCUGACGACGUUGAGAUGUAUAAAAAAAAAAAAAAAAAGUCUCCUGCUAUUUAUUCUCUCUAGACACAUUCCGAUGUAUUGUAAAUACCGUGUGCAGCUCGUCGUGCGCGCAUCAACAGUCGACGCGCAAAUAGUGCGUGGAUAGAUACACGGAGCCGAUAUUUUUUUUUUUUUUUCCUUUUAGAUCUCCAUAGACACGAGAGAUAAAUCAUUUAAGUCCUUAGUUAAAUGCGAGGACGUUUCGAGGAGCGAAAGAGGGAAGGAGAGGUGAUCGAUAUACCACGAGGGUAUACUCCUUUAUUGUGCGAUCGAGAAUAUAGAUUCUUUUAUCGAACGUCGAACUUGGCUUAUGUGUGUUUUUUUGUUUUUUUUUUUUCAUUCCAAUCCUUGUACUUUUUCCUUGAUUUAUAUAAUGUGCUUUAUGGAACAAAUUCAAACUCAAUUCAGUUUUCAGUGGAAUAAGGUACAUUUUCUUACAUACAUCCAUGGUAAAAAAAAAAAAAAAAAAAAAAAAAAAU